CUUUAUAACCAGGGGUUGUCUUUGUCUUCCUCAAUCUCUCUUCGUCUCCCCGUUCCUUUUCCUUCCUCUCUCUCUUCAUCAGUUCAUCUCCUUUUUCUUUCUCCACUCCAUUCCUCCAUUCUCCACUCUUAUCCUAAUCCUUCCAUCAAUCCUAACGAGCCAAUCACCGGCGACGCGCACCACAUUCAGAUCUCUUCUGCUCGUCUGAUCUGCUUUCUUUCUUUUGUCGAUUUCAAGUACCGGAGGCUGUGGGUCAUCCAAAUUCGAGUAUAAUUAUUUCUACGUAGAGCAGCCAUCCGCACUAGAACUUGAAAGUGGAAUUGAUUCGGUGGUUAUAUCAAGAAAUCGAAUGGAACCCUAGCCUGAACUUGAAGAAGGUAGAUUCUUUUCAUCUGUUUGUGCAACAAGUCGUCCUUUUCUUAUUCUCCUGGUGGAUCGUUUGGAAGCCCCAGCUUGAUGCUGUAAAGAGAAAAGGGAAGUGACAAUUUAGAUAACAAUGAGCACUUGCUAAAGUGGAUGCUUGCUUACAAUUGGUGAACUCAUGGCCAAUGUUAGGGAUAGAACUGAAGAUUUCAAGGAUGCUGUCCGUGCUGGGGCUCUUUCCCUCGGAUAUACUGAGUCUAAAUUGGCUGCAAUCUUGGCGUCCUUUAUUAUGCACAAGCCACCCCAAAGGUCACCAUUUACAAAAGCUGCACUCAAGACGCUCGAAAGCAUCGCAGAAUUGGAACGUUUUAUUGUAAAGCAUCAGAAAGAUUAUGUGGAUUUGCAUCGCAUUACAGAACAAGAAAGGGACAACAUUGAGCAUGAAGUUGGUGUUUUUGUAAAAGCAUGCAAGGACCAGAUAGAUAUUCUUAAGAAUAGAAUACAUGAUGAAGAGAAGAACGGAAAUUCUAAGACAUGGCUUCGCAUACGGGAUGAUACUUCUCAUGCUGAUAUGGUAGCUCACAAGCAUGGUGUGGAAAAAUCAAAAAUUGGUGGAGCUGCAUCAUCAACCAUUUUGUUAAUAUAUGAAAUAACAGCAGUAGACGGACAAAGAUGAGGAUAUGUGCCCUUGAAAGUAUAAUGGUCUAGUGUUAAUUAUCAGUAUGAUGGCUAUGUCAAUGUGUGAGAUUAGGAAAAAAGAGUGUAUCUCAAAGUUGAUUGUCUUUCUAUAUUCUGCCUGGUUUCCUAUUAUCAUGUUGUGCUUCUGUGAGUGCUUGGUUGCAUUAGUCUCAUUUGUCGGUCUGCAAGGCUCCUGAAUCACUAUUUUAGUCCAUGUUUAUAUAGGAAUUAGCUGGUUGUAUUAGUUUUUAUAUUUUUUAUUUCUCAUUUAACUUUUGAUAUUUAUGUCAUCACUUAUGCGGUACAUUGUUGUCUACUUAUCGUUGGUCUGUUUUACUGCUUAUAGUUGGUUUGUUACAUUUAUCACA